AAAAAACGUUAAGAUUCAGUGCCAUAUUCAAUACACUUCUCUUCCUUCCAUGCUGGCCAGAAGGUUGCAGACAGUGGCAGGGACUCAGAUAGAAUGGCACCCCUGUGGUUCCUGGGUGUGUUUCUCACUGGCACUUUCCUGUCUCAGACUCAAGGAGUUAAAGAAGAUGUUGCCCUGGGCAGUCCAUUUGUGGAAAGAGCUGUACGUGAAGCCAUGGAACUUGUGGACCAGGCCUAUAAAGUGACCAGAGACCGAUACAAAGAGAAGCUGAAAAAAAGAUCCCUGCAAACAACUGACCUUCUGCGUUUCUUUAAGCAACCUCUAGCAGAAACUAGGACUGCAGUGCGAUCUGCAGAGUACAUGGAAACUGCACUGCACAUCAUCCAACACAACGUCCAUCGAGUCCACAAACGCUCCCUGAAUGCAUCAGAUUUGUUAUCACCAGCUGAUCUGGAUGCCAUUGUGCGUGUCACAGGCUGUCUAGCUAUACGUCAACCCCCACUCUGUAAAUACGACUGUUUUACAGAUCGAUACAGAACCUUUACAUCUAUAUGCAACAACAGGAGGAAGCCUCGCCUGGGAUCGUCCAACACUGCACUCGCCCGAUGGCUCCCAGCUCGCUACGAAGAUGGAAUUUCACUUCCACUGGGCUGGACUCCGGGAAAAUUGCAUGCUGGAUCUCCUCUGCCACUGGUUCGACACGUGUCAAACAAAAUCCUGAAAACAGCCAAUACAGACGUGAUCUCAGAUUUAACAAGAAGUCAUUUUUUUAUGCAGUGGGGUCAGUGGAUUGAUCAUGAUUUGAGUUUAAGUCCUUUUAGUGGCAGCCUCCAGACCUUCAAUGACGGCAUCAAUUGUGAAAAGACUUGUGUUCGGCAAAGUCCUUGUUUCCCAAUUCAGAUCCCUCGAAAUGACCCAAGAAUCAAGGACAGUAGUACAUGUUUGCCAUUCUUCCGGUCAGCUCCUGCGUGUGGCAGUGGUGAGCUGGGCUCAUUGUUUGGAGAUGUCAACACUCGUCAGCAGAUCAACGCACUUACUGCUUUCAUUGAUGUUAACGAAGUCUAUGGCAGUACAGACUGUCUGGCCAACAAGCUCAGAAACCUCACUAAUGAACUUGGCCUGUUGGCUGUCAAUACGAAAUUCUCCGACAAUGGACGAGAAUAUUUACCAUUUAACACCAUUUCAAGCAACCUUUGUGGAAGUAUGGGGGAAAGUUGUUUAACCAGUGAAAACUCAACUCCAUGUUUUUUAGCUGGAGAUGUACGAGUAAAUGAACAGCUAGCCCUGUUAUCGUUACAUACGGUAUUUCUCCGGGAACACAAUCGUUUAGCAAGAGAGCUGAAAAGGAUGAACCCUCACUGGAGCGGAGAUACAAUUUAUCACGAAGCAAGAAAAAUCCUGGGAGCUUUUCAACAGAUAAUAACCUACAGAGACUUUCUUCCAUUACUUAUUGGGAAUGAAGCAAUGCAGAAAUUUCUCCCACCUUAUGAAAGCUAUAAUGAAUUUAUCGAUCCCAGUAUUGCCAAUGUUGUCUCAACAGCAGCUUUCCGUUUCGGACAUGUCAUCAUUCAGCCAAAGAUAUUCCGCCUGAAUGAGAGCUACCAGGAACACCCACAAUUCAAAAGCAUUGACCUGCACUUGACUUUCUUCACUCCCUGGAGACUGAUCAGGGAAGGUGGCGUUGACCCUGUCAUACGAGGAUUGCUGGGCAGGCCAGCCAAGUUGCAAGUACAGGACAAGAUGAUGCAUGAUGAAUUGCGAGAAAGGCUUUUUGAAUUGACCAGCCAGAUAGCCAUGGACCUGGGUUCUUUGAAUAUGCAGCGUUCCCGGGAUCAUGGAAUUCCAGGUUUUAAUGCUUGGCGGAAAUUCUGUGGCCUUCCAGAAGCCGGGAAUCGACAACAACUUCAAAGUAUUCUCAAGAAUUUGGUCUUGACAAAUAAAUUCUUCCAGUUGUAUGGAACUGCAAACAAUAUCGAUGUGUGGGUUGGGGCAGUCGCUGAGCCCCCUGUCAAAGGUGGAAAGGUGGGCCCUUUGUUGGCUUGUUUAAUAGGACAGCAAUUCAAGAACCUGAGAGAUGGAGACAGAUUCUGGUGGGAAAAUCAAGGAGUUUUCUCAGGCAGCCAACGUCAGGCUCUUUCUGCAAUCUCCCUGUCCAGGAUUAUCUGUGACAACACCGGGAUUCAAGUUGUUCCUCAGGAAGCAUUUAAGUUCAAUCAGUACCCAAAAGACUAUUUGGAGUGCAGCAAGAUACCAAAGGUAGACCUGAGUGACUGGAAGGAGGAUGCUCAAGUGACCCCCUGUGGCUCUGUUCCUGUUGUGAGAAAUGCUCAUUUUUCACUCUGUAAUUUGGCCGUCAAAUACAGCUGUAAAUCUGGAUUCAAGAUGGUGGGAGAGGACACAAUAACAUGUCUGAGUAAUGGGAAGUGGAACUCUUCACCACCUAGAUGCGUGGGUGCAAGGGUCAAGAUUUGCUCAAAAUGGAAGCAAUCAGAGAAUGGGCACCUGGAAAAGGUGCAUGGGGUUCCUUGUGAGAAUCAAAGAAUAGUAACAGUGGAUGACAACUUUAUUGGAUCAGAAAAUGAUUAAGCUGGGCCGCUUAACAAGAGAAUUAUUCUGAAAACAUCCAACUUUUUCUGCACAUUAGGCAACUGAGAAUCCAAAAUUAAUUGUACCGGUUCAAUUCUAUUAUGUUAUCCCUGAUUUGGCUGUGAGACUAGUCAUAGCUGAAAUUUAACCCAAACAUAAAUGGGCAUGUUUUGACAGAGUUUGGAGGGGUGGGGAGUCUAAACAUUUUAAAUUGGGUUCCAAACUAAAAUGAGCCUUAAACUGACCCACUUUCAGAUUAAACUGAUUCAGGGAGGAAGUGGCUUAUAUCAUUGUUGUUCUGGUUUUUUUUAGAUUUAGUUUAGAUUUUUUGAUAGUCUUCCCAAACUUCGGUUGAUGUAAUCAGUUACUUAGAGGUAAUGGUUGUUUGGAUCAAAGAGCUGAAUGUCCAUUUGUAUUUAACUCCUGGACCUAAUUUGACAACCUGAGGAAAUUCCACAAUCUAGCACUGUCAAAUUUGCGCACGAGCUCUCAGAACCUACACCCCUCAUUAGAAUUUCGAGCUUUCUCCUGAUCCAUUUGAUCUGGGCCGUCAGAACUGUGAACCCUCCCUGUUCCUACUUCUGACUUCCUGAUCCAUAAUAAUCUCCCUCUCCAACUCCUGACCCAUUCCAUGAAUAGCAGCCACUGAGUAUUGCUCCCACAAACCAACUGAUUUCCCUAUAAGUAGAGUGAAGGUAUGGAUUUGAGAUUCAGCUUGCUUAAUCUGUGUAUUUUUAGGUGCUUUUUGCAAAUAACUAAUCUGAGAGAGGAAAGCAAUUAUUUUGGGCAUUGAUACAUUGGGGUCUGAAAGGAGUCACCUUGCACUGCUGCUGCAGAGAUACACCCAAUCUCAACAUGCUGCCAGAUUUAGUAUCGACCCAGAAAUCAAUGAUUAAUUAGAAGAAGUGUCCUAACUAUAUUUGUAUUAAAAAAAAGUAAUUAAUAAUUAGAAAUAAAAGACUUAAAAUUAAUUCCUACCGAUAAAUGUAACAAUAUGUAUCUUAAAUGGAAUUUAUUCAUAAGCUGAGAAACCGCCUCUGCGAGAUACGGGGCGAAACGCUUCCAAUUCACUAACAGCUAAAACUGUCCUCAGGUUUCACAUCCACAGACACACAGACUAAUGAAUGUAGGCCUGACAUUCUAUGAGAAAAUUGCUUUAUUUAAUGUUAAGGCAAUUUGUACAAUGGUAAAGACCAAAUAAUUUAAGCAUCACUGCAUUAUAAGCAAAUUGAAUUUUUAAAUUAAAAUAUGUUUUAAAUAAAAAGGCUUAAUUCUGAACUUAUUGUAAAAUAAGGGUUAUGUGCGGAUGUUUUCCAGCUGAGGGAAGUGACUCUUUUGCCCACAUUGGCCAGAAUAUGGACCAGUUUAAAAAUGUUUUCAAUUUCUGCGAAGUAGAAGCUUAAGGUGUUUUGGAAGGACCAGUUUCAGGACAGCAUAGUUACGGACUUCUGUCAUUGGGGACUUUGGCAUGUACUGUCUUAGGAGAGAAGAAAAUUUCCCAUCCACAAAUGGGAAUCCAAGCUGAACCAGAAAUCUGCCUUGUACCUGAAUAUAUUGCUUAACUGUAAUUGAGUGGAGGCUAUUGUGAUCCUCUUGAAAGCUUAGCAUUUGUCUUCUGCUCGGUACAGUAAUCAUUAUAGUAGUUGGAUUACUGUGUUAUGGUCUUUGCUUAUAUUCAAUAAAGUUUGAUAUUAUG